AUUACAAGUGGAAAUAAAAUAAAAUAAAAUAAAUGUCAAAAGUGGUAUCUCUAGAGCAAUAUUUUGAAGCUUUAAUCCAGCUUGUUAUGUUCGUGGGGUGGAAAAGUCUGUCCCAAAUGAUUGAAGAGAAUGCUAUAAAGGGGCUUUGCAACAUGGAUAUUAGGCAAGUGAAACAACAAUAGUUCUAAGGCCUAUCUUCUGAAAAUUGAGUUUAAUUGCUAGAAAAAAAUGGGAACCCCCGAACAGCGGGGCCUAUGGCAUCAACUGGUUUACGCAGUAGCAUUCUGCCUUGUCACCUCUUCUAUUGUAGCUGAUUACCAACCGUACGAGUACGCUUCACCCCCACCACCAAAGCAGCCUUCGCUCCAACCAGGCCAGUACAAAUCACCACCACCGUUUAAGCACAUUUGGCACCCACCUCCUAAGCAUUCUCCUCUCCCACCAUAUUAUUAUGAAUCUCCUCCCCCUCCUUAUGUUUACAAGUCUCCACCACCACCACCUUCUCCAUAUGUCUACAAGUCUCCACCUCCACCAUCAGCUUCACCACCUCCUCCAUAUGUCUACAAUUCUCCACCACCACCACCACCACCUCCAUCUCCAUCACCUCCUCCUCCAUAUGCCUACAACUCUCCACCACCCCCAUCUCCAUCCCCUCUACCUCCUUAUGUCUACAAAUCUCCACCUCCAUCAUCACCUUCACCACCCCCUCCAUAUGCUUACAACUCUCCACCACCCCCAUCUCCAUCCCCUCCACCUCCUUAUGUUUAUAAAUCUCCACCACCACCUUCACCUUCACCUCCUCCUCCAUAUGUCUACAAGUCUCCACCACCACCAUUUCCUUCACCUCCUCUUCCUUAUGUCUAUAAGUCUCCACCUCCACCAUCACCUUCACCACCUCCACCAUAUGCUUACAAGUCUCCACCACCCCCAUCUCCAUCCCCUUCACCUCCUUAUGUUUAUAAAUCUCCACCACCACCAUCACGUUCACCACCUCCUCCAUAUGCCUACAAGUCUCCACCUCCACCAUCACCUUCACCACCUCCUCCAUAUGCCUAUAAGUCUCCACCUCCACCAUCACCUUCACCACCUCCUCCAUAUGCCUAUAACUCUCCACCACCCUCAUCUCCAUCCCUUCCACCUCUUUAUGUUUAUAAAUCUCCACCACCACCAUCACCUUCACCUCCUCCUCCAUAUGUCUACAAGUCUCCACCUCCACCAUCACCUUCACCACCUCCUCUAUAUGUCUAUAACUCUCCACCACCCCAAUCUCCAUCCCCUCCACCUCCAUAUGUUUAUAAAUCUCCACCACCACCUUCACCUUCACCUCCUCCUCCAUAUGUCUACAAGUCUCCACCACCACCAUCUCUUUCACCUCCUCCUCUUUAUGUCUAUAAGUCUCCACCUCCACCAUCACCUUCACCACCACCACCAUCAUCACGUUCACCACCUCCUCCAUAUGCCUACAAGUCUCCACCACCCCCAUCUCCAUCCCCUCCACCUCUUUAUGUUUAUAAAUCUCCACCUCCACCAUCACCUUCACCACCUCCUCCAUAUGCCUACAAGUCUCCACUACCACCGUCACCUCACUCACCAUAUGCCUACAAGUCUCCACCACCACCAUCACCUCACUCACCACCUCUUCCUUACAUCUACAAAUCUCCUCCACCACCAUCACCAUCAUUACCUCUUCCUUACUUGUACAAGUCCCCUCCACCACCUUCACCCUCGCCUCCUCCUCCAUACUAUUAUAAAUAACUUUUUCCAUCCCAUCAUUAAAAGUCUCCAUUACCUCCAUUUCAUCAUGCACUUUUUUCAUACCUCUAUAAAUCACCUAUACCACCAUCCAAGUCUUCUCAUCCCUAUUAUUACAA